GGUUCUUGCAUCACCACACAAAAAGUUGAUUCAUUGAUCGUCCUGGUCUAACUAUUUAGUACUUACUAACACUUCUACUAAACAAGCUUUGUUUCCCCUUUACAAUCAUCUUCAAUUGAUAUCAGAAUUGUUUUGGUUGAUUUGUAUGAUAUUCACCUGCCUCCGCUCAAAUACCCACCAGCCUCUUGGAGGACUGCCAGUUAUCCAUCCAUAUCACAAUAUCGAUCCAAAUCUCACGCAUUUCAAUCAUCGGUACUUUCAAAACCGAUAUCCACUUCCGACGUAAAGUCCCCCGCAGAUUUUCGGAACGAAAGACAAUCGAAUUGUACAAAGUACACAAGCUUUACAAAACAUUAUACGAAUCUUCCGUCCGAGAGUGUGUCUUCUGAGAUCUUCUGAGGGCUGCUGGAUUCUGCGACUCGAUAUUAUCAUCACUCCCAGCGACUCGAUACUCCGCGACCUAGAACGAAUGAUGGCAUACGACAAAGCGCAUACUUGAUUGAGAAAAAACCUGAUAGAUCAACGAUUGAUAUAAACACAUACAAACUUCGAGUUUUGUCUUGGGAUUCUUUGAGUGGUGGCGUAUUUGCGGACUUGAUCAAGUGGAGAGAAGAUUUUACAGGAGGUCGAAAGAGUACUGGACGUUCACGCACAGUUUCAUUAGUCUUCAACACUCAAGUGUCAUUACCGUGCACUCCAUUUCGACACAGCCACCUACAAUCCCGACACAGAUGUCGACGUUAUCAUGAGUAAUUUCUUCAAUAUGCCAAUGACCCAAGCAGACUUGCAGCGGCAGGUUGCUCAAAGGAGGGCGCAUUCCAGAUCUCUUAGUAUACCACAACCUCAACCGCAGCAGCAACAGCGACAACAACAGCAGCCUUCCACACAAUCUAACGGAAACUCUAUGAACAUGAAUCAUAACAUGAGUGGCGGAAAUAGCUUGGAUGAAAUCAUCAUGCAGAACAAUAACGAGUUACAACGGCGGCAGAGUUACUCACAAGACUUUUCGCAAGAUCACGAUCGCCGAUCUUCCAUGCUUGAAUUCGGCAACAGUGAUGUCGGCCUGAACGAUUUUCAAUUUGGCACCCCAACACCUUCUUCCGAGAAUCCAAUGAUUCGUCGACAGUCCUUGGGUGAAAUGAAUAUGAACGACCUCUACGGGGGAGGGAUGGAUUCCGGAAUGGGUAUAAUGCCACAGAUGCAGCAACUUGGGUAUUCCGACUCUGUGCGACCAAACUUGAUGGAUACAACUAUGGGGUAUGGUUCUUACUCGGGAGAUAUGAUGCCUGGGAUGAUGAGUUAUGCUUCCAUAGGCAUGGAUGGUAUGUCUCAAGAUUCGCCGAUGGGCAUGUACUCGAAUGAUAAUUACUCCCCUACCGUAUAUGGGAACGACCCUAUGGAUUCCAUGGACUCGAAUAUGUUUAUGGGGGGCCAAGACCGUGGUGGGAUAAGAACCUUGGGAGAUGAAAAUAACGAAGAGAUGUCAUCGAGAUCCAGUAUUAUGGGCCCCACAGCUGCAGAGUCACUUUUGAGAACUCGAGAGGGUAUGAUAAUGAGGCCCUUGGAAGAUGAGAACAAUGAAGCAAUGUCUUCGAGAUUCGAUGUCAUGGGCCAAUCACCAAGCGCUAUGAGCAUGCCUCAAACCUUAAUCAAUUACAACUCCCCGUCUGCUUCAAAUGCACCACCGAACCUUUUAACCCGAACCUCGAGUGCAGCUAUGAUACCCACAUCUGUAUCAACCCCCACGGCUCUCACCGCUCCCGACACAUCCCCAUCGGGGCAAGGAAUUACGAACAUAUAUUCCAGCACUGGAUUUGAUAUGCUUGGAGCGCUGAUAAGAGUGGCAAAGAGACCCAAUAAACUCAUUAACAUAGGUGCCGUCGAUUUAUCAUGUGCGUUCGUUGUCUGUGACUUGCGAGAGACGGACUGUCCUAUAAUAUAUGUAUCUGAUGUUUUUGAAAAUCUCACCGGGUAUUCAAGACAUGAGGUAUUGGGAAGAAAUUGUCGAUUUCUCCAAUCACCAGAUGGCAAAAUUCAAGCUGGUGAACGUAGGACGGCCACGGAAAAUGAUAAAGUCUAUGAACUCAAGAAAGCCGUCGACAAUCGAACGGAAACUCAGCAGGCCAUUAUCAAUUAUCGAAGAGGGGGUCAGCCAUUCAUGAAUCUUUUGACGAUGAUUCCAAUCCCUGCCAGUGAUGACGAUCCUACACUUUCUUUGGUGGUCGGGUUUCAGGUUGAUGUGGUUGCGAACCCAACUAGUAUCGAUGGUGUGAGUGGUGGGAUUUAUACGAUGAAUUAUAAACAAGGCACAUUACCACGAUAUCAAUGGCAACCCCCUCAGCAAAAUGUUCGUCUAAUUGAUGCCGGGCAAACAAUUAGUCGAGAUGAUGUUAGCGCAGCAUUAGCUUCUUACGACAAUGGCAGCGAUCCGGAAACUACCAAGAGAAUGUUUGAUAAGGUUUUGUUGGAGAAUAGUGAUGAUGUCAUUCACGUUCUUUCUCUGAAAGGUUUAUUCAUGUAUCUUUCGCCUUCAUGUUGCCAAGUCUUGGAGUAUGAUGCAUCUGAGUUGGUCGGAACUGCAUUGUCCUCCAUCUGUCAUCCUAGUGAUAUAGUUCCUGUCACUCGAGAGUUGAAGGAAACGUCACAAGGGAGUGCUGUCAAUGUGGUAUUCCGCAUUCGCCGAAAGAACAGUGGCUACACAUGGUUUGAGAGUCAUGGUUCUCUUUGUGCAGAGCAAGGCAAAGGCCGAAAAUGCAUCGUUAUGGUUGGCAGGGUGAGACCAGUAUACGCAUUGGCUCGAAGCGAUCUGAUGCGAAUGGACGGUCUGAGUGAUCAACAAAUGUAUUCGAAAUUGUCAACAUCGGGCAUGUUUCUAUACGUUGCAACGAAUGUUCGGUCCCUCUUGGAUCGUACACCAGAUGAUCUUGUCGGUACAAGUAUCCAAGCAUUGAUGCGUGCUGAUUCCAAAGUCGCAUUUGGUAGAGCCUUGGAAAAAGCGAGAACGGGAAAGAUUGUCAAAUACUCACAUGAGCUUUUCAAUAAGCGCGGUCUUGUGAUACAAACUGAGACAGUACUAUAUCCUGGAGACGCAUCGGAGGGUCAUAAACCUACAUUUCUUGUUGCCCAGACUAGAUUGGUUAAUAAAGCAUCCCGAAAUGUUGCUUCGGCCACUGGUGCCAAUGGUACUAAUAUUCCUGGCGGCAAAGCAAUGAUCAUGAGUCCCAUGAUUAGAACAGACACACAAACUUCUGAUGGAAUGUCAUCAAACAAUCAAUCAGUUCGUCCCCAAGCUAGCCCAUUUCCCGAACCCAUGACACCAGGAGUUUCUGGCACCGCAACUGUACCUAUCACGCAACCAGGUGGAUCUGGGCUUCCAAUUGGGUCUCAAGACGAAGCUUUAGCUUCCAGGGAUAAUAUAUUCGAAGAAUUGAAAACAACACGCGCUACAAGUUGGCAAUAUGAACUUCGACAAAUGGAAAAGGAAAAUCGAUCCCUCGCCGAAGAGGUAGCGUCGUUGGUGAAUGCCAGAAAGAAACGAAAACGAAGAAAGUUACCUGGUAACGUCCAACGAGAUUGUGCUAAUUGUCACACGAAGAACACCCCGGAAUGGAGGAGGGGGCCGAGUGGGAAUCGAGACUUGUGUAAUAGUUGUGGAUUGAGAUGGGCGAAACAGGUGAGUGAUGACGGUUCUGACACCGCACCAAUAACUGGUCAAACUGUUGAUCAUUCAUCAUCCUCCACAUCUUGAAGUUGAGUUUGAGUUUGUUGGAAAGAAAACUCGCUUCAAUUCUCGGGUAUUCUAUAUUCAUCUAUGAAUAAAAAUCGAAAAGUUCUCAGUGGAUAAUUUCAAAUACAAGGGCGGGUCAAGGUGCCAUUUCGCUAAUUUCCGCGAGAAAAAUAUUCAAGCACAUAGCUGCUUUACGCCCUCUUUGCUCUAUCAUUGUUCUUAGUUUGUUAUCUCAUCCACCCCAUCGUAUUAUUUAUACGGCACACGACACUAAUCUCAUAUCUUUUAAACGUUCAGCAAGGUCGUAUAUCGUCGCGUAGUUCUAAACGCAGUAAAGAUGGUGAUGCGUCAAGCAAACAUUCCAAUUCGCCGAGUCAUUCUAGUCCACUACAUAAUGAAAUUUCGCAAAACUCAGAGUCAUUAAAUCCGAAUUUGAAUAUCAAUCCGGGAAAGCCGGCGGAUUCUACAGUUCCCAGACCUGCGAAGCUAUUGAAAAAAGAAUCGGAUGGUAGUGUAAGGACUGCAAGUACUGGAAGUCCGGUAACGAGUGUUGAGGGAACGGGGAAAACUGGACAAAGCAAAAUUGGACAGGGAAAUAUUGGACCUGGGGGAAUUAGUAAUGGUGGAGUUAUGGGAAGUGGGACGGCAGUUCCGGCAUCUCUUGGAGGAAGAACAACGAUGGAGAGUCAACCUUUUCAUGCGCGCAGUUUGGGGUUUAAUGAGGGUGGUGUUAGUGGGAUUACUAAUAUUGCAGAGGGGGGAGAAAGUGAGAGAAGUGGGAAAACGAGUGGAAUGAAUUGAAGGGAAAGGGUGUAGUGAGGGAGGGAUACACUAGUGUCGAGAAAGAGGCAACUGAGGAGAGAAAAGAACGGGAAAAGAAUGACGACGAAUAUAAACGAAUUUUCGAUAAUGCGACGAAUCAUAAUGAGAUUUUCAAGGAGGGUUGAUUGGCAGGGUUCUCCUGGAUUCUUUUGUUUCGCUGGCAGGAUUUGAAGGGUUUACAUUAUUGGAUUGGCUUUGCCUUGGAGUUUGAGUGCAGGGUCUUGAAAGGAAUUGUUAUGGUGUUGGGAGUUGAGCUGACGCGCUAUGGCGUGGAUAGUCUUUUUGAGUGUUUUUGCUGGUUACAUUACUGUGGGAGGUGAGGCUGAAUUGAACUGGAUUGAUUGGGGUGGGUUGGGGUCGGAUUGGAUUGGAUGGCAUGGAGCGGGGCUUAGAGUUCUUUAUACUAGGGGCUUUUACGAUCAAUAUUUAUUUGUUAGUGAGAGAUGGGGAAAGGGAAGGACAAGGGGUGGGCAGUUAGUUACCAUCAAUAGUGAACAUUAGACUGGAUAGGUGUGGGAAUGUUGAAGGAGGAGGAUUGUUUGUUUUAUUAUAUCAUGUCAUGUUGUUAUAGUCUCGGGUCUUUGAAAACAUAAAGGUGGGAGAGGAGGGUCGAAGGGUUGGGAAAGUUAAAAGAAUACAUAUAUACAUACAUAUACUGACAAAUUAUUACUUUUUUGA